AACUAAUCUCCACCCUUACAUUUAACUUGAUGGAUUGAAAUUGAACCCCCUAAUCAACGCAAAAAACAUGUCCAUUUUCCCAAGAAUUCUGCACUCUAUUCUCAAUCUACUAUUUUUCUUCUCUCAAAUUUCCUUAGCAAUUGACACCAUCACUCAGCUUCAGCCACUUCCUGAUGAUGGAACCACCUUGGUUUCUAAAAACGGAACCUUUGAGCUGGGAUUCUUUAACCCCGGCAAUUCCCCGAAUCGCUAUGUGGGAAUCUGGUACAAAAACAUCCCAGUUAGAAGAGCGGUUUGGGUCGCGAACCGCGACAAUCCAAUCAAAGACAACUCUAGCAAGCUGAUCAUCAACCAAGAAGGAAACCUUGUGCUCCUCAACCAAAACAAUUCCCUUCUUUGGUCAACAAACAAAACAACAACAACAAGCACAAACGCUUCGAGUCUUGUCUUUGCAUCGCUCUUGGACACUGGAAAUUUAGUACUCAAUGAUAACAACAACACCAACAAAGAAGAAGAAGCGCUAUGGCAGAGUUUUGAACACCCCAGCGACACGGUUUUACCGGGAAUGAAAAUGGGAUGGGACAGAAAAACCGGUAUCAACAAGCUUAUGACAGCUUGGAGAAACUGGGAUGAUCCAUCUCCAGGGGACUUAACCUCCGGCAUUCUCCUCACCGAUAAUCCCGAGACCGCGAUCUGGAAAGGUUCAUCUCUCUAUUAUAGGUCAGGACCGUCCACUGGGGCGCAAACCAGCCAGAUAGUUGGCCUGCAAGCGAACCCGGUGUACAAUUUCACUUUUUUCCACAACAAUGACGAGGUCUACUACAUGUUCACCCUCGAGAAUAGUUCCGUAGUUUCUAUAGUUGUCCUCAACCAGACUCUCUCUUCCCGGCAGCGCUUGACGUGGGUCCCGCAGUCAAACGCGUGGACCCUGUACAACGCGCUGCCGGUAGACAGCUGCGAUGUCUACAACGGGUGCGGCGCGAAUGGGAAUUGCGUGCUAGAUAAGUCACCUAUUUGUCAGUGUUUGGAUGGGUUUGAGCCCAAGUCGCCUGCACAGUGGAAUGCGCUGUACUGGGCUAGUGGUUGUGUUCGGAGUCCGGGGUGGGAGUGCAGGGUGAAGGAUAAAGAUGGGUUUCGGAGAUUUCCAGGGAUGAAAGUGCCGGAUACGAGGUAUAGUUUGGUGAAUGAGAGCAUGACUCUUGAGGAGUGUAGAGGGAAGUGUUUGGAGAAUUGUAACUGUACUGCUUACUCGAGCUUGGAUCCUAGUGGUGGAGGUAGUGGUUGUUCUAUGUGGUUUGGACAUCUUCUUGAUUUGAGAGUUUCACAAAGUGGGCAGGAUCUGUAUGUGAGAACGGUGGCUUCAGAUUCAGAUUCUGGACAUGGGCAUAGGAAAACAGUAGUCCUGGCGGUUUCAAUCCCUGUUUCACUGGUUGUUGUGGCGCUCUUAGCAUUCUACAUUUAUUGGACCAAAAUUAAACGCAAAGAUAAAACCAUGCGCAUAAAAGAGAGAGAUGAAGAUGACCAUGAAGAUAUGGAGCUUCCUUUCUUUGAUCUUGCUACCAUACUCAUUGCCACCAAGAACUUCUCAAUUGACAACAAACUUGGUGAAGGUGGUUUUGGACCAGUAUACAAGGGUACAUUGCAAGACGGACAAGAGAUAGCAGUCAAAAGGCUUUCAAAGAGUUCUGGACAAGGAUUGUUAGAAUUUAAGAAUGAAGUUAUAUUAUGUGCAAAACUUCAACAUAGAAAUCUUGUUAAGGUCCUAGGUUUUUGUGUUGAUGGAGAUGAGAAAAUGCUACUCUAUGAGUACAUGCCCAACAAAAGCCUAGACUCAUUUAUUUUUGAUCCGGUUCAAAGAAAAUUGUUAGAUUGGUCUACGCGCUUUAACAUAUUACAUGGGAUUGCUCGAGGACUUCUUUAUCUUCAUCAAGAUUCAAGAUUAAGGAUCAUACACAGGGAUCUAAAAGCAAGCAAUGUAUUAUUAGACAAUGAUAUGAAUCCAAAAAUUUCAGACUUUGGCAUAGCAAGAAUGUGUGGAGAGGAUCAAAUGGAAGGAAGGACAAGAAGAAUAGCAGGGACAUACGGUUAUAUGGCACCUGAAUAUGCCAUUGAUGGACUAUUCUCUAUAAAAUCAGAUGUAUUUAGCUUUGGAGUAUUAUUGCUGGAAAUAGUCAGUGGAAAGAAAAACAAAGGAAUUACCUACCAGGAUGAAGAUUUCAAUCUUAUUGCACAUGCAUGGAGACUGUGGAAUGAGAACACUCCUCAGAAAUUGAUUGAUGAUUAUUUGAGAGACUCCUGUAAUCUAUCAGAAGCUUUACGUUGCAUUCAAAUUGGUCUUUUAUGUUUGCAACAUCAUCCUCAUGAUAGGCCAAACAUGACAUCAGUGGUUGUGAUGUUGAGCAGUGAAAAUGCUUUACCCCAACCAAAGGACCCUGGUUUCUUAAUUAGAAAGAUCUCAAAUGAAGAAGAAGAAUCUUCUAAAGCACAUACAUCUUCAUCGGUGAAUAAAGUAACUAUCUCUUUAAUAAAAGCUAGAAAAACAAUGGCAAUAUUCACUCUUCCAUUUGUUCUUACCAAACUACUUAUACUGUUCUUUCCACUCUCAUAUGCAGCUGACACCAUUAGUAGCUCACAAUCACUCCCUGAUGGCAGUACCUUGGUCUCAAAAGAUGGAACCUUUGAAAUUGGUUUCUUCAGUCCAGGUAACAACAACACAAACCGCUACCUAGGAAUAUGGUACAAAAAGAUUCCAGUUACAACUGUUGUUUGGGUUGCCAACCGUGAAAACCCAGUGACAGAUAAUUCUAGCAGGUUAAGCAUAAACACACAGGGAAAGCUUGUGAUUCUAAGGAACAACAAGACUCUUGUUUGGUCAGCAAACUCAACAACAACAACACAAGCAGUGAGUCCAAUUGUGCAACUUCUAGACUCAGGAAACUUGGUAGUAAGAGAUGAGAAAGACCAAAAUGAACAAAACUACUUGUGGCAGAGCUUUGAUUAUCCUUGUGAUACUUUUCUAGCAGGAAUGAAGAUUGGAUGGAACCUGAAAACUGGUUUGAAUCGUUAUCUAUCUGCAUGGAAGAAUUGGGAUGAUCCUUCUCCAGGGGAUUUGACGUGGGGUCUAGUACUUGGAAACACUCCUGAAUUGGUUAUGUGGAAGGGGUCUACAGAGUACUAUAGGAGUGGACCUUGGAAUGGUGUUAGAUUCAGUGGCAAAACCACACCCAUUUUCGACUUAGAAUUUGUGACUUCUGAUGAUGAAAUAUUCUACACUUACAACCCCAAGAAUAUCUCAGUGAUCACAAGAGUUGUUCUGAACCAAUCUGUUUAUUCGCGCCAGCGCUAUAAUUGGAAUGAAGAAAACAAGGUUUGGAAGCUUUACUCAGCAGUGCCAAGAGAUAACUGUGACAACUAUAAUGUUUGUGGACCAUUUGGGAAUUGUAUUGUGAGUGAGUCGCCACCGUGCCAAUGUCUAACAGGGUUCAGGCCUAAAUCACGGCAGAGUUAUGAGGCACUGGACUGGACACAAGGAUGUGUACUGAGUGAACCUUGGAGCUGCAGGAUAAAAAAUCAAGAUGGCUUUAAGAAAUUUAGUGGGCUGAAAAUGCCAAAUACUACAAGGACUUGGGUUAGUGGAAAUUUUACACUUGAGAAUUGCAGGGCUAAAUGCUUUGAAAACUGUUCUUGCACAGGCUAUGCAAACAUUGAUAUCAGGGGAGAAGGUAAUGGUUGUAUCAAUUGGUUUGGAGAUCUAAUUGAUUUAAGGGUUGCUUCAGUUCCAGGGCAAGAUUUAUAUGUUCGAAUGGCUGCUUCUGAUGAAAAGGGAGGGCAUAAAACAGUAUUGGCUGUGGCAAUUUCAAUUAGCCUUCUAUUGGUCUUUGUGAUUGUUUUCACUAUUACUUACAUUUACUGGAGGAAAAGAAAGAUUAGAGGAGAGACCUCAGAAGAGAAAGAAGGUGGCCAGGAAGAAGACAUGGAGCUUCCUUUCUUUGAUUUUGCUACCAUAGCUCAUGCAACUAAUGACUUCUCAAGUGACAAGAGGCUUGGUCAAGGUGGUUUUGGACCUGUGUACAGGGGUACACUAGCAGAUGGACAGGAGAUUGCUGCGAAAAGGCUUUCAAAUAGUUCAGGACAAGGAAUUCAGGAGUUCAAGAAUGAAGUUAUAUUGUGUGCCAAACUUCAGCACCGGAAUCUUGUUAAGGUUCUAGGCUGUUCUACUCAAGGAGAGGAAAAAGUGCUUAUUUAUGAAUACAUGCCUAAUAAAAGCCUAGAUUUCAUACUGUUUGAUCCUUAUCGAAGUAAACUCUUAAAUUGGUCUAAGCGAUUCAACAUUAUAUUUGGAAUUGCUCGGGGACUUCUUUAUCUUCAUCAAGAUUCUAGAUUGAGAAUCAUCCAUCGCGAUCUGAAAGCAAGUAAUGUUCUGCUAGAUGGUGAGUUGAAUCCAAAAAUUUCUGAUUUUGGAGUGGCAAGAAUGUUUAGUGGGAAUCAAACAGAAGGGAAUACAAAAAUGGUUGCUGGAACAUACGGCUACAUGGCACCAGAAUAUGCACUUGAAGGACUAUUCUCCAUCAAAUCUGAUGUGUUUAGCUUUGGCGUAUUAUUGCUAGAGAUAAUAAGUGGGAAGAAAAACACCAGAGUUUUCUUUCCAAAUCAUGGAUUUAAUCUUUUAGGACAUGCAUGGAGAUUGUGGAAAGAGGAAACUCCAAUGAAACUCAUUGAUGCUUCUUUGGGUGAGUCAUUUACCUUAUCAGAAGCACUACGCUGCAUCCAUGCUGGUCUUCUAUGUGUGCAACUGCAUCCAGAGGAUAGGCCAAACAUGGCAACAGUGAUUUUGAUGUUGAGCAGUGAAAAUGCUUUGCCACAGCCUAAGGAGCCUGGUUUCCUUAUUGAGAGAAUGUCUGCUGCUGGAGAAACUUCGUCUAGCAAUAACAUCAAUUCUUCCACUAAUGAAAUAACUGUGUCACUGUUAGAACCUAGAUAGAGGUGUUUCUACUUUUACUUCUAUGUUUUUUAUUACUCAAUUACCUUCACAUGUGAAAUUCUGUCUAGAGCCCAUUUUGUCUCAAAGAAAAAACUACACCUUUUUGUCAAUUGGUUGGAGACUUGGAGUAAUGUGAUAGUUCUCUCCCAGUUUAGUGUUUCAAA